UGGCGCUCCAGCAUGUUUAUGGGGCAACAAAGAUGGCCGCGCUAAGGAGGAAAGUAUGGAAAUGGACUGAAUGACACCGACGUAUGUCAAGUUCUCUAAUGAUUUGUGUGAUUAUUCAGAUAAUUAACAAUGAGAACUUCUAAUAUAUGGGCCUCUCCUUGAUGCUGUUUAUUGACUGUUGAUCCGAGAUCAGAGUGAAUUAUGACUUCGUAGACCUCUCGUACUGAUUUAAUCUCCACCAAACAAAACUCGCAAUGCCUCCAAGACAUCGGACUGGUCCAGUGGACCUUGUAGACACAGAUAUUAGCCACCCUCUUCACCGACUCUUUGACGAAUACAAUUUGGACCAUAUUCCUGCAGACGACCGCUUGGACUUUUUCAAGAAGAGGGACUUAGCUCAUAUUAAGCACUAUAAGGCUGCUGUCAAAAUUUUCGGAGGCCCCCUAAGUAGAAAGAGAGUCAUGAUAGCACCACCCAUGGAAACGCCUCUGAAGCACCGACUGGGUGUGUACCAUGGUCGUAAAUCCCCUCCCCUGUCACCACCGGUGUUGAAUGCAGAUCUGAAAGAACAGGUUCCAGCUGAGCUCAAGCCAUCCGAGGAAGAAAUAAUCGCAGAGAAAGAAACACAGAAAGAAAAAGAAUAUCAAAAUUGGAUGAAAGAGCGACUGACAUUUCGCAACGAUUUAGAAAAUAUGGGACUUAGUGAGCACUGGCUGAAUCAGAAACCAAAUAUGACUGCCCUGGAGAAGCGGGUACUGGUAAGAAUGAUUAAAGAGCGGACUCCCCACUACGAGCCUCCUCCUGUGGUUCCAGAAACCCCCUCUGAAGCCUCUAUUCAUGAUGUACCCAAUGUUAAAAUUCCAGCUCCUCUUGGAAUCAGGAUUUUGGAGGAACACUUGAAGAAAAAUAAAAUGCGACUGCUCGACAUGUUUGUUGCCACUGACAAAGACAAAGACUGGAAAAUCACUAGGGAUGAGUUCAGAAAGGUCAUCAGAGAGUCUAAAGUUCCUAUGUCUGAGGCUCUGUUGGAGGACAUGAUUCUCUCCCUUGAUAUGGAUUACGAUAACAAUUUAGACUACAAAGAACUUGCUAAAGGACUUUCAUUUUGGAAGAAGGAGAGAAGGGAAAAUCGCAGAAAACAAAUUUCAAGAGAGUCUACAAUAGACUCCUACAAGUCUAGAUCAAGCUCAUCUGCUUCAUUGCCAGCAUCCAAAGUUAACUCUGCAGAAGAAAAUGUUAAUAUGAAUCAAUCUUCAGAGUUAGAUGAAAAAAUAACUGGCAUCUUUCCAAGUCAAUCAACCCAGGAUCUAAGCACUAGACCACCCAAAGCUUCCAGCAGCCCCUCUCAGGAACUGUCGAGGAAGUCUGUCAGAUCGUCCAAGAGGUCAGAAGAGAGGUCGGAGAAAUCAUCUACUGAUAGGUCACAGGGGUCGAAAUCUCCCAAACAAGGGUCUGUCUCAAAAUUAGAAAAGCAGGACUCUAGUCUUGAAAAAGAGGAUAAUGAUGGUAAAGGGAAGCAGGUCAAUAUUGAAAUAGAAGUCACAGACACCAGUAAGUCCAGGAGGAGCAGGAGCACCACACCCCAGUAUCUGGCUCCCCCAGAGCAGAUGACAGGACCGGAGCACAUUGUGCUGUCUUCUGAUGAGGCCAUGGUGGACCUGAGGAAGAGAGACAGGGAAGCUCUUAAAACCAACAUGAUGAGAAUGUCUGCAAAGAAAUUAGAGGAGGGACCCGGCAUCAUCAAAGUGGGCGACAAAGCUAUAGAUGACCACUGUAUGCAGUCCACCCUGGAUGGAGAGAUGGCAGGGAUGGUCAAUAAGUUCAGACAGCUCAAACUUAGAGAAUUUUACGAUAUCAACAAACUGUGCACCCAACAAGGAGUGACACUUAGUCCAGCGCUACUUGAGAAAGUUCUUUUAUACCCGCCUGAUAUACCUCACUCCUUAAUCAACAAACAAGUGAAGACCCCAGGGGCGCCUCUUUUGUCAAGCCACUAUGCUGAUCCACCAAAGAGACCUCGAACCCCAAUAGAGGUCAAACACAAGGAUCGUGUUAGGAGGUCCCAGAGUGGACGACUGCUAAUCGACAGUCGGCAUCGCUACCCCCAGGGUCGAUCUGUAGCACCAGCAGGCACCAGGGCUAACUUGUCCACCGGCAAAGCCAUCAUCAGAAGGAAAAUUGACUGCUGGAUGUCUUUUGAGGAGUAUGACAGACUUACGAGCCACCUAGCUAUUAGAUAUCAACAGCUGCAUGGUUCCUCUGACUCCAAUGCUUUCUGGCCUGGCAAGCUUCUGGAUAAGCUCAGACUGUGUAUGCCGCCCUACAACAAACCAGGGCUAGCAGACGAUGGAGGAAGUGUGUUCCAGAAGGUCAAAGAGAAAAAGUUGACCAAUCUUGGAAAGGCCAGGGAUUAUUCGGCCUGGCCUGUGAACGAGAAAGGUUACAUGCAAGCAGGGAUUUACGAUCCUUUUGCUAGAAAAUUUAUACAUAAUUACUGAAU